AAACAGGGUAUUCACCCGGGAAAGUUGGACAAAGAAUUAAACGUCCGAAAAACGAUUUGGAAAUUUACCAAAAACGUUAAGUUAGAAGACAAAUUAAAUUAUGGCCGAAAUUGUGGGCGUGGAAACAUCGCUUGUUGUCGCUACAUCUUCAAAGCAACCGAGGAAGAAGUUUAAGAAGGUUUUGGAUGAAGAAACUUAUACUGAGAAAGUUGAGGAAAUAAUCUCCCGUGACUUCUUCCCCGACCACGAGCGGUUGAAAGAUGAGAAGGAAUAUCUUGAAGCCGAGGAAAAAGAAGAUUUUCCGAGGAUGAGAGAGAUAGCUCUCAAGUAUGCGACGAGUGGAACACGGAUGAACACAUUCAGCACCCCCCAACCCUCGCCUUCCACCUUUGAGACCCCCACCCACUCCCGACCCCCAAAUCCAUCAAAACAAACAAGUAACAACGAUGACGGCACGAAAGCGACGGACGAUGACAACCAAGUCACGCUUGAUCAGUUCCUCGUUAAAUACACAAGUGAGGAUAACGAGUCGUUCGAGCGUAUCAUGGAUAAAACCGAUGAAGCGCGACGUGCGAAACACAAGUGGCUUUAUGACGCUGAGGUCCGACACAAUGAGAUGACGAACAAGAUGCUUAUGUUGGAAGGGGAAUCCCCUCUUGCGAUAACAGACGGAACAAAUACAAGGUCUACGGUGCCGAUACAUACUUGGAAGUAUAAGAACAAGAACCACCUCAUGUAUUAUCCAGAAGGAAUGACAAACGAGGAUUCUUUGUUCAAAAAGCCGCGAUUAAUCAAGCACGAAAACACACGCUUCACCGAUCACCCCUUCAAGAACGCAAGCGAUCAAGCGCGAAUUGCUGCAUCGGAAAGUCGUGUCGUUGACCCCGAGAGGGUGGGGCAUGAUGGGAAGUCUAUUGUACCCCAUGAAUCACCCAGAGUGGGAGGGUACGGGUUCGUAGCCACCCCCUCACCCAUGCCGGGAGUUACGCAGACCCCUAUAAUGACAUGGGGUGAAAUAGGGGGCACACCUGCCCGUAUAGAUGGCACCCCCCGUUCCACCCCGGGCCCCGCAUUCAGGUUUCCUGACGAAAGUGAACGGGAUCGACUGACGCAUAAGAUGGUUGAUGAUAACACUAAGAAACAAAGAGCGAAGAAACAAGCGGCGUUAAAACAAAUGAAAGCGAGCGUGUUGGCAGCUCGGGGAACACCAGGGUCGGUUAUGAGAUCGGAGAGGAUGAGUAGUUUAUCACCAGCUGCGAGACGAUUGGUUAAUAUCGGCACCGACAAAGCAUUGAAAGCGAGUUACACUCCAACCCCAAAGAGAAGAGGGGGGACCCCCCUUGUGAAAACCCCCCAUAUAAGAACACCAAAGCAGAGCAAACAAGCAACACCAAAGGGGGAAAUCACGGACGAUUUGCUAAAAAUUCCAAAAAAAGUUCGAAAAUCUGCUGCGGAUUUCUUUUGAUUGACAGUUGUUGCGUGAAGAUAAUAAAACAUUUCUUU